AUGAGGGUAACAACGUCUACUCGUUCAUCAAAAUUAAACUCAUCGAAUAGUAAAACUAGAACAUCAGCAUCCACACCAACAGCAGCCACCGUGGUUACAAAUGGACUAAUUAAUCCACAAGCAAGUGGUAUUUCACCAACAACGAAUAAUAAUUCACUUCGUCUGUUGGAUGGUACAUCAAAUGAUACAGCAAUUUAUUCAACGAGUAGUAAUUCUUCGACAAAUCAACAACCAUCAGCUGCUGCAUUGUUACAACAGUAUUUACAACCUACAAAUGCACUACAAAAUAUUCUUAUACAACAAAUAUUAGCCAGUCCUGAACAGCAACGUUUAUUAGUUGAAAAAAUAAAUCAACAAUUAAAUGAACAAAUUCAACUUAACUUGUUACAACAGCAACAGUCAUCUCAAACAGCUCAACCGAGUAAUGAUUUAAUUAAACACAUUCAACAACAGUUACAACAAUUAGCUGUUCAACAACAACAGCAACAACAACAAUUAUUAUUACAACAAGUUCAGCAAUCAUCGUCAAAUAAUAAACAGCAACAAAUACCUAGUCUAUUUUCAAAUUUAUCACAACAAUCAUCUACAACUACAGGAACGACGAAUGUACAUCCAACAAUAGCACAAUUCCUACAACAAAACAAUGGUAAGCGUAGAUGA